AUGUCCACUCUCGACGCAGUACUCAACAAGAAUGCCGCAGAUCUCAACAAAGAGCUCGAGGUUCAGCGUGUGAUGCGAGCGUUCAAGCUAAACCCAUAUGAUGUCCUGGAUGUACCAUUCGGAGCGACCGAGACGGAAGUGAAGCGGAAAUUCCGAAAGACAUCACUAAUGAUUCAUCCCGACAAGUUCAAGCAUGAGAAUGGACCUGAGGCUGAGAGUCAACUUUCCGAUGCUGCUGCGAGACGAGAAAUUGACGCCAUCAUGACUCACGCACGUACUUUGGUACUGAAAAAUCUUAUUCCAGUUGGGUACGCAACUGUCACAGAUACCGAUCCGAGAUUAGCAAAUCUGAAGCCUUCGUACGAUGUACAGAUCAGGACUAAGGCAAAGCAGAUCUUGCUGGAAGAUGCGAUGGCUCGGGAAAGGAAGACAAAAAUUGCAUUCGCGAAUGAAGGAGCAGAGAAGGCCAAGCUUGACGAGGCGGUCGCUAAGCGGAAGAGGGAGGCGGAAGAUAAAGUCAAAUGGGAGGAGCACCGAGAACAACGGGUCAACAAUUGGCGAGAGUACGCCAGCACUGGCGGCAAACCGAAAAAGGCGAAGAAGAACAGUCAUGUUCUCGGAUGA